AAAGCUCGGCUCUUUGGCCCUUUGGACGAAUGAGGGUUGCUUAAUGGUGGAGGUUUAUGCUCCUUUGGGUUCUGGGUUUCUGUAAAGUUUCGAACUUGAUUCUAAUAUUUCGCAUUUAGGGGUUACUGCUUUUCAUUGGUGGCAAAUGGGGCCCUCGUAACGUUUGACCUUCCAUCUUGCAGGAACUCGUGGUUCAAUCAGUCAACUUCUGCUAUCUGUACAAUCCAAGAUGUAUUUUGAUGGAUAUGGGUAUCAUGGGACAUCCUUUGAGCAGACUUACCGGUGUUACCCUGCCUCCUUCAUUGAGAAGCCUCAAAUUGAAAGCGGUGAUAAAAUUAUUAUGCCUCCUUCAGCGCUCGAUCGCCUUGCAUCCCUGCAUAUUGAUUAUCCAAUGCUGUUUGAGCUACAAAAUGAUGCUGCUGACAGAGUGUCUCACUGUGGUGUCCUUGAGUUCAUCGCAGAGGAAGGCAUGAUCUACAUGCCAUACUGGAUGAUGGAGAAUCUGCUCUUACAAGAGGGAGAUAUAGUGCGAGUGAAGAAUGUGACCCUUCCUAAGGGAAAAUAUGUCAAGUUGCAACCUCACACAAAGGACUUCCUGGAUAUUACCAACCCUAAAGCUAUCCUUGAGACAACUUUGAGGAACUAUUCCUGCUUGACAACUGGUGACAGUAUCAUGGUGGCAUAUAACAACAAGAAGUAUUACAUAGAUAUCAUAGAAACAAAGCCGUCAAAUGCAAUAACUAUCAUCGAGACUGAUUGUGAGGUGGAUUUCGCACCUCCUCUCGAUUACAAGGAGCCUGAGAGAAAGCCUGCUGCAUCUGCUGUUUCAGGCAAGGCUCCAUCUCAAGUUGAAGAGGCUCCAGAGGAGAAUAUACCAAAAUUCAAUCCAUUCACAGGAGCAGGGAGACGUUUAGAUGGUAAACCAUUGCCGUACCAGCCUGCUCCAGUGUCUGCACCUUCAUCAACCAAUGGCAAAAGUCCUGUUGCAGCCAAUGGUAGCACACAGUCAUCAGCUUCUGCAGCUGCUGGUUCCAGUUCACAAAAUGCUUCUCGCCAGGCCCAGGGAAAGCUCGUGUUUGGAUCAAACGCCAACCGUGCUCCUAGCAAGGGAACUCAGAAGGAAGCUGGAAAAGAGCCGAAACAAGAGCAACCGGAGAAGAAAGACGAACCCAAGUUCCAGCCAUUCUCAGGGAAGAAGUACUCACUGAGGGGUUGAUAAUUUAUUCAACAAGACAGUCAAUGCCCUCAUAGUUAAGUCCUGUUGUUACUUGGGAGUAUCAUAAGACAGCAGUAGAAUUUGUGGAUUCAGUUUCACUGGGUUGUUGUAUCAUUAUAAAGUACAUAAACUAUUAGUUAUGUAAUGAUGAUGGGACUGUGUUAGGGUUCCUAUUUGACGAGAUCGCGUGAUGCUUGUAAGCCGCUACCUUGCUGCUAAGCCGCGUUUGGUUUUCAGAUAAACGUUUGGCUUUGUCUCAGUGCAUUCUCUUGCCUUUCUCUAUCGGAAAUGCAAGUUUCCCAUCUAAAAUUUUCAAUAAUGCAGUUUAGACGAA